CACCUAACUUCAUUUCUAAAAAUAUUUCGACUUCGACAUCUCAUCAUUUGAACUGUCGUUGUAGGUGAAAGUUCUCAAAAGUUGCGAUUUUAUUUCGCUAAAAUUUUUUCCAUUUUUCCUUUCGUAUCGUUAGUCAAACUUAGAAGUGGGAAAAAUGAGCGACAGCACCAGCAACAACACGGAAGGCACGUCACCACCCCAACCACAAAGGGGUUUAAAUAUCGAGGCAUUAAAACAGCACGUACUAUCACACAAAAUUGAUGUUGCACUUUGGGCCACACGCAUUUUUACAAUCAUGUUUACGAUGGGUUAUUUUAUUCCUGUUUUUGGGAAUGCACACAGCUCCUACUACAAAGCUCUCUUAUCAAAUGCGGCGACCAGUGCUUUAAGAUUACAUCAAAGAUUGGGACCUGUACAGUUUUCGAGGGUAUUCGCGGCGCAGCUCUUAACAGAGGACAGUUGUCACUAUUUAUUCUAUUCGUUAAUUUUUAUUUACGUCGCUCCGAUCAACAUGGUCAUUCUUCCGGUCGUACUAUUUGCAAUUUUGCACUCCGCGAGUUAUUCAUUAACUCUUUUAGAUAGCCUGGGUCACAACGCGUGGUGGGGUGCACGUCUCCUAAUUUCACUCGUGGAAUUCCAAUCUAGGAACAUUUUACGACUAAUCAGCCUUACGGAAAUUAUAUUAAUGCCUUUUUGUGUCUUCCUUGUCUUGUCAGGAAAAGUGGGACUGCUAACACCGUUCAUUUACUACCACUUCCUGGUCCAACGUUACGCUUCCCGGCGUAACCCGUACACGCGAAACAUGUUCCACGAACUAAGAAUAUUGUUAGAGUCGACAGCCGCCAAACCCAGUAUGCCCGGCAUCCUUCGUCAAAUUCUACUGGGCGUUGUCGCCUUCGCGACAAAAUUGGCGCCACCGCAAAUGCCAGCGCAACCGUCGCCGACGGCGACGCAGUAAAUACUUGUUAAUAAAUAUAUAGAACACAUUCCUUUAGUUUCUGUUAUUGGUGACUAUUUUCGGUGUUUGUUAACUUGAUCUUUUUU